GAAAAGGCUAAACCCAAGGUUAAAGAAGUAGGGUCAGAAAGAAGAGACAUCUACCGGGACGAGAACGUCGAUGGUACCGACACAUCUGAGCAGGACCGGAGGCCGCGAGGAGGGAAGGAGGUGAAGGAAGCCAAGGAGACAAGGAGACAUAAGGAAGGUGGAGCAGCAGGUGGAGUCGUGAUGGAGGAGGACAUCAGGAAGCAGGGGAUGCUCUUCCUCCAGCAGCAGCGCUUUGGGAAGAAGUGGAAGCGGGUCUGGUGCGUCCUGUACCGGGAAAGUUCCUGCUCCAUCUCCAGGCUGGAGUUCUUUGAGUGUAAAGAUGCCGGGAACGUGGAGAGGAACGACAAGACGCUGCGCAAGCAGCAGGAGAACAAGAAGGUGAUCCGUCUGGCGGACUGCAUCCGGGUCUCAGAGGUGGACAUGGACGGAUGUCCCAGAGAUACGGGCUCCUUCCUGGUGGAGACCACCGAGAAGAUCUUUGUGUUCGCCGCAGACAGACACCAGCUGGAAGACUGGACCCACAAGCUGUGUGAGAUCGCCUUCCCUAUGAGCUGGACAGAAGGUGGAGCAAAGCGAGGAAGUCUGCAGAGAGGAAACAGGGUGGAAGAGGACGAAGGGAUGGAGGACAACUCGCUUUACAGCGGCAGAGAAACAGUGCGCGACUUCAAAGUGUCUGUCCGGAGGACCGAUGCCUCUGACCGGUGCCGACUGAAGGGGGACGGAGUCCUGAGAGCCGACCUGGACGCUCUGCACCUGCUGGACAAGACGGGCGAGAUCCUGUUCAGCUGGCCGUACCGGUAUCUGCGGCGCUUCGGACGCGACAAGUCCACCUUCUCCUUCGAGGCGGGCCGCAGAUGUGACUCUGGCGAGGGAAGCUUCGAAUUCGACACCAAACAGGGAAAUGUCUUGUUCCAGGCCGUCGAGGCUGCAAUUAACCUGCAGAAGAUCUCCCUCCCCCACAGACAGACCUCUGGAGGGGGCCUGUUGCCUCCGGAGAUUGUCCCCAACCACCAGAACCACAGCCUACCACCUCCACCAGUUAACCCAACACUGGGCCACAGCAGGACGCCCCGCGUUCAGGUCCAACAAGCCCCUGGUUCUCAGGCUGUUGACGGCGUGUACAGCAUGGUGACUGAACCUCAGAUCCCGCAGUUGAAUCUUAGCAAAGACGAGAGUUCGAGUGCUUUACCACAGCAGCAGCGCACCCAUCUGUCUCGUUUGGAGCCUCCGGUGGAUAAAAUCCUGACCGGAGUGAAGAGUUUGACCCUGGACACCCGCGGACUCCCCAUCCCCAGAAAGAACCAGGUCAAGAUGAUUUCCAGCUGCCCUCUGCCCAACGCCAGCCCCGAGUCAGGCGGCACCCUGGCCACAGGGCCCCCCUCCAACCCAAACCCCCGCCUCAGCCCCAAACUGUGCUCCAACCCAAACCUGCAGCAGACGUAUUCGCAGAUCACCAUGCCGGACGUCGCCGGGCGGGGCACCAAGAAGGAGAGGAAGACCGGCGGCAAAGCGCCCCAGAUGGUCCAGAAGGAUGCCGACUACUCCCUCCCCUUCGACACCCUGGCCUCCAACAUCAUGUCCGACAUCUUGCACUCCCACCAGGAGAGCCUGGGUGCAGAUCCGCUGUACGACAGCAUCGACGAGAUGAAGAUUAGGAACAUCUUCCUGAGUGAAGAAAGGACUCAGGACGCUCCGUAUGGGAAGGUGGACCACAUCUAUGACGAGCCUGAAGGGUGCGCUGCAGCCGCAGGACAGGGGGAGCCGCCCCGCCCUUCGGUCUACGACGACCCCGAAGAGGUGAGAGGAGACGCCUGGAGGAUCAUGGGUACCGCCGCCGACCCCAAGGGCCACGAGUACCCCUACAACCCCCGCGCGGAUGACUACGCGGUGCCCAAACGGCCCAAGCGGUUGUUGACCUCCCAGCAAAGCAUUGCUAAAGAGGAACGGGAGCAGAAACAGGAGGAGGAGCCACAGCAGGAGGAGGCGGAGGAGGAGGAGCCAGAGGAGGAGGCAGACGAGGAGGCAGAGGAGCAUCAGUUUUCACCGUACAAAAACGUGAUUGUUAAAAUGUGAAUGGAUGAUUAAGAGUUGACAGACCUGUUUAUUAUGUUAAAAGCCGGCCACUGACAGAUAACCCGAAGCUUUUCAUCGACAUCUGAACUCGUCUAGAACACGUUUCCCUACAGGUCCUCCACCGCCGACAGGAGUCCUCCUCUCCGUCCUCUCCUCCUGACUCUGAACCCGCCGCCAUCAGAGGACGUUAACACGUUUCAGCUGCACAUUCAUCAGCUUCCACCUGCAGCUCAGCAGGCUGGGAGACCGUAAUAGUUUUAGAGGAUGCUAAGAUAAAGACGACGCGCUAACAUCUGCCGCUAACCCUGCUAUGCUAACAUGCAUUACUUCCUGUGCUCAUCUAAGUGUUAUUUGAUCCCAAGUUGUCAUGUUAUAUUUUGAGUGUUGCCAUCAUUAAACAGAACUAACCAAGUUUCAGGUCAGGCAGUUUUUAUCUCUUCAGACAUGUUGGCGGGCUAACGCUAACGCUAGCUCUGUUAGCUGUAGCUAACUGCUGACUUCCUCUGCAGCCAUCAAAGGCUGCAGGAGCCUCUUGAUCGUUCAUUCAUUUGGCUGCUGUGUGGCAGCGAGGAGACGCCUAGAACAUGCAUGACAGGGCUGGGAACCACCGAGGGAUGCCACUAUUAGACCUGUCUUCACGUCAAACAGGAUGUUCUCACACCCACCUGCUGCCAACUCUGAGGAAAUGGUAGCUUGGUCAUGAGACGGAGCGUGGGCUAUGGUUCUGAUCCUGUUACGUGUUUCUGAAGGUUUAUUUGUGAAAACUUCAGUCAGGCCCACCCCUGAUGUCUCGCACAGCCGCUGGUUUGGUGCAGAAGCAGCAGAGAUCAGGAACCUGAAGUGAAAAUAAAAAUUAAGCUGAUGUGAAACUUCUUAUGUGACGAUGUAGGAGAGCCAUUCAGCAGCAGUAAGUGUUAAUAUUCUCACUGAGGUGUGACUCUUUAAUUUAAAACUCGUUGUUCGGUUCUCAGAGCUCCUCCUGAGAACACUUCCUCUUUCCAUCUCGCUCUGCUUGUGUCCUCCUCACCCGGGCCGUUAGACGCCCUAGCGUCAGUCCGUCUCAGCGCUCCAGCCCAGCAGGGCUCACGCCGUUCCCUUUUAAAGCAGCAGAAUCACAAUCAGAAUCAGAAUCACAUUUAUUGCCAAGUAGGUUUGCACUUACAAGGAAUUGGACUUGGUGUUGAUUGUGCAGACAAAAAAUAAAAUAAAAUGUAUAUAUAUACAGAAGCUAUAUACAUUCAGUAAACUGUGCGUGACUUUCACUGCAGAAAUACUCACGUUUGGUUACAUCGGCCCUCACAUUCAUCUCAGCACUGAGUUCACUGUCUCUGCUCCUUCUGAAAUCUGCUGCUCAAUAAAGACUUUCUGCUUC